UUUCUCUAUUUUUUCUCUUUUUUUUGGGUGAACAGUACACACAUCUCUCUAUGCUUAAUUUUUUUUUUUAACAGUAACUUCAAUGACAAUAAGUGAAUAUUGUCAAUUUGUCAUUGAAAACAACUAGUAAAAAUUGUAUUUUUGCUGAAUUAGAAAUCUUGCUGAAACAUUGCUUAUUUUUUAGAUUUCUUUUCCAUAUUUGUGGAGUGCCAACUUGCUGUUGAAUUUCUUGAAUGGAUUCGGAAGCAUCCAAAAGAGACCCUGCAUGGAACAUAUUGUUGGAGGCUUUCGAAAUGCAAAAGCGUGCUCCAGAUGUCCACCACAUGUGAGGGAGGAAAUCAAAGACUUUAUGAUUAAAAAAAUAUCAGAGAAGGAGCAAAGUGAUUUCAUACCUGACUUUGAAGAUAUAGAUAACUUAAAUGACAAUGAUGAGGAAAAUGAUGUUGAGGAAUUGAACUCUGAAGGAAAAAGAAUGCAAAGCAAAAGUAGCGGCUGUAGCGUUGGUAGUAGUAAAAGUGCAAAAAAAAAACUAAGACAAAAGGGACCAUUGGAUUUGUAUUUCAAUUCUAAUGCAGAGAAGGUAGUUCAAAAUAAAAAGGAUGGAAAAAUGAAGCAAACUACUAUCAACGAAGUUUGUAGGAAGGAGUUGAGAGAAAAAGCUUGUAGAGAUCUAGCAAAAUGGUUUUAUGAUGCUGGAGUACCUUUCAAUGCUGCUACUUAUGAUAGCUUUACUGUGGCAAUCGAGUCCAUUGGACGAUUCGGCACUGGCAUGAAACCACCUUCUAUGUAUGAAUUACGGGUUCCUUUUCUUCAAAAAGAGAUUCAAGAAACGAAGAAUUCACUGAAAGGCCAUAUGGAGGAAUGGGUAAAGACUGGAUGUACUAUAAUGUGUGAUGGAUGGAAGGACAGGAGAGAAAGGACUCUUAUAAACUUUCUUGCAAAUUCUCCGAUGGGCACUGUGUUCAUUGAAUCUAUUGAUGCCUCCAAUUACACGAAAACUGGCGAAGAGAUGUUUAAGUUAUUGGAUAGUAUGGUAGAGCGUAUCGGGGAGGUCAAUGUCAUUCAAAUUGUGACCGAUAGUGCAUCAAAUAAUGUCUUAGCCGGAAAAUUGUUGGAAGCAAAGCGACCACAUUUGUAUUGGUCACCUUGUGCCGCCCAUUGCAUUGAUUUAAUACUUGAGGACAUUGGAAAAAUGCCCGAGGUGCAUAGAACAUUGAAAAGGGCAACGACAUUGAAUAGUUAUAUUUAUACCCGCACCGGCGUAGUCAACAUGAUGAGACGUUUCACAGGCCAAAGAGAGUUGCUUAGACCUGGCAUUACAAGAUUCGCAACGGCCUUUCUUACCCUUCAACGGCUACAUAAGCAAAAGAGCAACUUGAGAAAAAUGUUCACAUCGGAUGAUUGGACCAAGAGUAAAUGGGCAAAGGAACAAGCGGGCAAAGGGGCAGCUAGCAUUGUAAUGAUGCCUACAUUUUGGACUAGUGUUAUUUUUAUUCUUAAAAUUUUUGGCCCUCUCGUUCGUGUACUUCGGCUUGUUGAUGGUGAGAAAAGGCCGGCAAUGGGUUACAUUUAUGAGGCAAUGGAUAGAGCAAAAGAAGCAAUUGCAAGGUCUUUUAAAGAGAGAGAGGAGAAAUAUAGUGAUAUAUUCAAUAUUAUUGAUAAAAGAUGGGAAUGCCAACUUCAUCGCCCUUUACAUGCUGCUGGCCAUUUCUUGAAUCCUGAAUUCUUUUAUUCAAAUUCAGAAAUCCUUAGAGAUGAAGAGAUUAUGGCGGGUUUAUAUGAAGCUUUGCAAAAAUUGAUUCCAAGUGCUCAAGAACAAGAUAAAAUAUGCGAUCAACUAAGUGUGUAUCGUGAAGCACGUGGACUUUUUGGGACUAAUAUGGCAAUUCGACAAAGGAAUACAAAGUCACCAGGUAUACCUUAUCUAGCAAAAUUUAUACCGUAUGCAUUUUAAACUUUUAGUAGUUAUUUCUUAUAAGUUGUAAGUAGAUAAGAAAAAAAAUGAAGUCAUUUAUAUACAUUUUUAUUAAUAGAAUAUCUGAAUGAACAGGGGAGUGGUGGAAAUUGUUUGGAUCAUCAACACCAGACUUGCAAAAAUUUGCAAUUAGAGUUCUUAGUCUCACUUGUAGUGCUUCCGGUUGUGAGCGAAAUUGGAGUGUUUUUGAACAUGUAAGUUGCAAGAUCAAAUCAUCUUAUUUAAUACUUAAAACUUUAUAUUUUCUU